CAAAAAUUUCUGUUCCGCCGCACCACCACCGCACCACAGCUGAACCUCAGUCGCACCAUGAUCAGAAAUUACUAUAUCUGCGCACCACCGCCAAACCACAGCUACACCAUGAUCAAAAAAUGUCUAUUCCACCGAACCACCGCCAUAUAAAAUGAAACCGUGUUGCUGUGCUUCGGCGGUUGUGCGGCGAAAUUUUCCGGUGUGACUGUGGUGCGGAGAGGCUUAGAGGAGAACCUCCAGUUUUACAGUGCAUUAAGACCCAUGAGUCUAUUCGAAAAGUCUAUUGACAAUCUGACUUGAAUGCAGCCCUGUUCAAUAGAUGCACUUCACAUGAAUAGUUACCACUUAUAACUACUCUGCUAGGUGCUCUAUUCAAAGACGAGGAAAAGAAAAAGAUGACCACACUUCCCAAAGAUACCAUAUACACGAAGAGCAACAGAGAAAUCGCAUAAGGCACGUCUUAUAACGUGGGUAUACAACUCGUACCUACACGGUACACAUUUGACAAACAAUCUUCAAAGGUAACCAUCAUUAGAUGUAGCUAACAAUGCAUGAGGCUGCGAAAAAAAAAACAAAAACAAAAAAAAAAUUCAAACACGAAUCUAUGGAAAAAAAAUAUAUAACCCCACUCUUUGGCAUUAUCCAAACAAGGUUCUGUAGGAUUUUUGAAGACGCUUACAUCCCAAGACCUCGAUUAUGGUGCGAAGAUAUCGCUACUAAACGACGACGAUGAGAACGAACUACGACAAUGAUGAUGAUGAUGAUGAGCAUAGAGGUUUUCCUUUCGAUUUUACAAUUUCAUUUCGCGUCGAGUCGGUAACUGAUGAGGUUUGAAGCUUUGAGCAUUCGCGCAUUGCAUUGCUUGGCUUAGUAGAAAAAGACGCUCUUCAAAUAUUGUUUUCCCUUUUAAUCUGUUUUUUUGCUUUAUAAUUUUAUUGCCUUGAAGUUAAUGGCUUUUAUUUUCAUUUUGUUUUUCUUUUAUAAUUAAAAGACAUCUUGCUGUUGAAAAUCGCGCUUGAAAAAAAAUAUCUAACACUUGCUUCGGGGCCUACGCGUGCCAAGUUAAAUUAAGAUACAUCAAUUAAAGAAAAAGAGUGCAUUGAAUUAUUGUUUUUUUGAUAAAGUGAAAAAUAGGUGGUUCAAAAAAUUAAGUGAUACGAAAACGUCUUAGUAAAAACACAAAAAUUUAUGAAGAUAACAAUGGGGAUAACAUUUAUAAACAGAAGCGGGUCUAUUCUAUUCGCUCUAAUACUCACAGCUUGCACCUCAGUCGGACAAUUUACUCACAAAAAGCCAUGGCCAACGUAUAGCUUACAAAAUAUGCCACAGACGGGUUUCACAUGCCACGAUAAGAUUCUCGGCGGCUACUAUGCAGAUCCAGAGGCCCAAUGUCAAAUGUUCCAUGUUUGUGUAAAAGUCGCCGGAGUUGGGGUUCAAGAUUUCCGAUUUCUUUGUCCAAAUGGAACUGCAUUUGAUCAAGAAGUACAAAUCUGUGCCAAUUGGGGUGAUGUUGAUUGCGAAGAAGCUGUCUUAUAUUAUGGAAGUGAUAAUUUUGACUUGUAUCGCAUUGGGUCUAGUUUCGAAAGUAAACGAGCUCCAUUAGCUGAAGAAGAAGAAUCUACUUUCCAUUUACAACGUGCUGAAACAGGUGACAUAAGACGCUCAAAAGAAACCCAAGUUGACCAAAAACUUCGUCCAGAAAAUGCAGCAUAUACAAACAAAUAUGAUAGUACAACAAAGAAUUCAUUUUAUGAACGAAAUUCUGGCAAUAGAAAGAGCAAUUAUGAUCAGAAUAAUGAUUUCAAUAAAAUAACAUCAAAAUCAGAUUUCCCCAAAAAAGUCACUUCAGGCUAUUAUACAACACCGAAGGGUAAUGAUAUUAAUAGCAAUUCAGAUUCAAAACAAGACGAUGAUCUUUUUAAAGGAUCUCAUAGUUCAAAUUUCUUCAGUAAUAGAAAUGGUGGUCGAGAAGAUGAUUUUUACGAUAAACCAGUCACUUCUAACACAGCAUCGAAAUCAAAUGGAAACGGUCCUCAGAAUAACAUUAACGAUUUUAACUAUGAUGAAACAACUAAACGUCCUCAUAGAAGUCGCCGACCUAAUCAGAAUCAGAAUCAGAACCAGAACAAUCAAAAUAUUUUGACAUCAUCUCCGACUAAACCAACUUCAACUACAGCUUUUCCCACUACCAAGCGUCAAACUUUACAAACUUCUUUCAAUGCAGGCUUCGAUCAGCAAAACCAACAACCUUAUCGACCAUCUACAACAACAACAACCACAACUCAACGUUCAACAAGUAAAACUCCGAAAUUUUCCUUCGAACCAAAUGACUACCAACAAAACAUUCAACCAACUACAUACAACCCAAGUGGAGCCUUUAGAUACAAAUCAACCACCAGCAAAUAUGAAGAAAUUGAUGAAACUGCUCUUCGAGGUGAAAAACCAGGUCAAAGUACAUUUUUGAACUCAAAAUAUGAAAGUCAGAAAUUCGAUAUUUCCAAUAAAAAAUCAUCAAAUUUCGAUAGUAAUUUCGAAAAACAAAAUUCGAAAAAUUCAACAUUUGCAAAUAGGAAUGAAUUUGUUGAUUACACAAAAAAUAAGACUCCAAGUGGCUUUCAAGUUUCACCAAGGCCAACUAUCCCACAAAACCAAUCUCCCAAAGCAAUUGUUAAUUUAAAUGAACAAAUUUUGGAUCCAAAUAGCCUAAAUUCCGAACUUCGAAAUUUCAAUCAAACUGUACAAAACCAACGUCGAACAUCGAAUAAUCGAUUUAACGAACGUCAACAAACUGAACCACAGUACUUCCGGUCAAGAACUCUAGAAACUCCAUCACCGUUUGCAGUUACUCCAAAACAACAACAAACCAAUGAAAACUUCAAUGGAUCUCCUCAAAGAGAAUUCAGUCGUUUGAAAGUCGAAUCGGUCACACCAAAUGGAAACAAUGUUGAACCACUACCCAAGCCUAAACAACAACAAAUUCCCAAAACCUUUGAUGGUCGAAACCAUGGUUAUCUUCCACUGAAUCAAGGAAAUCAAGCAAAACCAGAGCAACGUUCCGAUUUUGAUGGACUUAAUCCUCCACAAAGAGAAAUUUCAAGAAAUCGACCUGAUAAACGAACUGGUAUUGAAGUUAACACUGGAUUACAAAGUCAAUCACAGUCAAAUCAACAACAAUCGAGUUUCAACGGAAAUCAAAAUCCACCAAUCAGGUCGAGAACGGGAGUAGUUGAAAAAAUUGAACCAUUUUCAACAAAUCAGUUCAAUUCUGACGGAUUUAAUUCACCACAACAAGAAGUUAGACGAAUCAAACCUAGAACUCGAAAUGGACUAGUCUCCAACACAAAUGCACUAAAAGAUUCCUUCCAACAACAAAGUGAUGCAAACACAACUACAGUGCAACCAACUCCCAAGCCAUCAAGAGGAAGAGGCCGAAUCAACUACAAAUCAACAACUCAACAACAAUCCGAAUUCCAAGAUAAUAUAAUUCAAUCAACAACAACUGGCUUGAAAAAAUUCUCCACUUUGGUAACAAAAGAUCAAUAUAAUCCAACAACCUUUAAGCCUACAACUUACAAAAAAGCAUUCGAACAAAAGCCGACUAAAUACGUUGAUCCUAAGCAACGAGGAACACCAUAUACAACAACGACACCAUUACCCAGUUCAGCAUCUCAAUCCUUUAAUAGCAGCCCUCCUGACGAAGAUGAUGGUCAAUAUCAUCCAGAACUCUACGAAGUCGAUGACUCACAAAACUAUGACUUCCCCAAUAAUAACAACAAAAAACAAUCAUACUCGGUGCCAUCUUCAAUAACUUCACAUCAGCAAAAAUCUCCACCAAAAUCCAAUACACAAACCACACGAUCUCCCCAAUCACAUUUGCAAUCACAACAACAAACAGCUUUUCAAAAACAAUCAUAUCAAUCUCAAACCCAUCAACAACAACAAGAUCAACAACAACAACACCCUCAUGCCAUUCCAACAGAUCUCAGCGAUGAAGAAGAACUCUUCAAGACCGCACAUUCUCUCAAUUUAGGCGCUGCUAGUAUAAAUAAAUUACGUUCUGAUACUUUGAAGACUUCUGACAAAGGAACGGCACAACAAUCUAGUCCGAGUUUCGGGUUUGAUAGAACAACAACAACAUAUCCAACAACAAUAACAAAAGUAACUUCACCAAUAACAACAACAACUUGGAGAUCUACAACAGAUUAUUUCACUUCUACCACAAAAACAUCUAGAACCUCGUCAGCUUCGAAAAAGCCAAAGAAGUCGUCAGCUUCUAAAAGGCCACCACAUGCAGAUGCUGAUACAAGUUACGAUUAUGCUUAUUAUGACUCUUUGAGUGAAACGCCACAGGAAUACUCAGAAUACGAUGUUAUAUCAGAAUUUAGAAAAACAACGAAAAAGCAAUAGAUUCCACAAGAGUGGCCUCAUCCACUCUUUUGGAACUUGUGGACUAACCGUUUCAGUCUAAAACCUAGCUUCGUAUGUUAUAUUAGGUUAGGAAAUUAAUUCAAUUUUCAUUUUUUUAUUAUUUUUUUGUUUUUACCCUUUAAUUGAAAUCUAUUGCCAGUGUUUUUUUU